UACUGUGUAGAUUGGCUUUAGUAAAAUUGUCAAUAACAAUUUAAUACUAUAGACAGAUCUAGACUAGAUUUAGAUGUACAAAUUAUAAUGGCUAAUAAAAAAUUGGGAAAUAUCAAGUUAAACGAAACCGUUCUAUUUGUGUGUGAUAUUCAAGACAAAUUCAGAAAUGCUGUUAAAUAUUUUAUUGAAAUAGCCCAGAUUGCCAAUCGACUGACAGAAGCAUCAAGAAUAUUGGAAAUCCCUUUGAUUGUCACAGAACAGUACCCAAAAGGUCUUGGCAGCACUGUGCCUGAAGUUAAUAUUGCCAAUGCAGUUGGAGUGUUUCCAAAGACCAAGUUUAGUAUGGUCAUACCAGAAGUUGAGGAAAAGUUGAAGACAUUAUGUUCAGGAAAUGUUCGGCAUGUCAUUUUAUGUGGAAUUGAGACACAUGUGUGUGUGCAACAAACUGUUAUCGACCUAUUAAGUAAAGGCAUUGAAGUUCAUGUGGUUGCUGAUGCUGUUUCAUCCAGGAGUCAGAUGGAUAGAAUUUUUGCUUUAGAGCGCUUCAGACAAAUGGGGGCAAUAGUGACAACCAGUGAAGCUGUAUUGUUACAGUUGGUAGGGGACAAAGACCAUCCAAAGUUUAAAGAGAUUCAAGGCAUCAUUAUGGUCUCAGCACCUGAAUCUGGUUUAGUCAAUAAAUUGUAGCCUGAUGUCUACAAUUCAUUACAACCUAUGAUCAAAAAACUGUUUCUGACAUUCCUUAUUCCUAUCUGCUGUUGAAAUAGUUCAAACACCCAUUAUUAUUGUUAUAUUUUAUGGAUAAACAAAUCAAAGUUUUUUUUACAUAAAAUAAUUAUGCGUACGAUGGAUUGCUAUUAACAAUGUUACCUAUUCAGUCAACACAUUUUACUGAUUUUCAAAGGACUAGUUUGAAUCAAAUAAAUGGUGCAUAUUGAAAGCUCAUUUUAUUAAAAUGUACAAACCAUUCAAACGAUGUUUGUUCAAAUGCUUGCUCCUAGUAUUGGUAUCUUAAGAUUAAUUUAGAUUACUUCCAUGCUCAUCAUAAUAGAAUUACUAUAAAUAGAUUAAUCUAGAUUACUUCCAUGCUCAUCAUAAUAGAAUUACUAUUUCUUGCAAACCAAUGUUUCAUUUAAUAUGAGGAAGUAGACGUCUAUGUUGAAACAAGAACACUGUGUGUUUUCAAUAGAGCUAUUUAUUGACUGACUAUAAUCAGCAAGUAGGCGACAAAAAUAAAAAGGUUACACACAUUAAUUAUCAUUAAUAAAUUAUAUUGAGUUUUACACCAAAAAUAAAACAUAUGCAUAUAUAAAAAAAAUACAUGAGCUCACCAACAGAAGCAUUCAAGACAAAGACAUGAUUGUUUUUUGUAUGCACAUAGCAUUUUCUAUUAAAGAUAGGAAGAAUGAGAUAGGGCUUGGUCAUGUCUAUAAUAAACUCUUCAUUUUCUUCUCAUGAAAACUACUGCAUAAUGGCAACCUUACAACAGGUAGCUAUAAGUCAAGAGCUUUUUAUUUGUCAAAAAUGUAGGGCUCCAAGGGUUGGAAACCAAUCAAAAUUUCGAAAGUUUAGUUUUCGUCCCUAACUCCACAUUUUUAUUACAGGUAUUCGAAAAACUCAUUCCAAACCUUUCAACUCAUUAGAAGAAAGCAGCUGAAAACUGACAUUGGUGCAACUCGUAGUUUACUGUGUGCCUUAGACAAAGUCUAGGGUGUUAAAUAAGCUUUAAAAACCAAGCUAUUUUAAUGAUUUGUGUAACUUCAGAUGAUUGUGCUUUAUGUUUAGACAAAAUACCUUUAGCAACAUGGAACAGACAUCACACUGACAAUAAACUAGUUAGUAUACAACAGUUAAUAAACUAAUGAUAAAAAGAUGGUGAACAAUAAGUAUAUAUCAUGGUUAUAAUAAUCUUGGGUUGAUCUUGAGUUUUAAAAAUGCUACUGAAAUAAUCGUUUAGAUGCACACAUCUUUUAGCAGUGCAGCAGUGAAAAUGUAAGCUGAUAUUAUUCAAAUAUGAUUGAUUUUCAAUACAUUGUGUUACUCUCUGUAUAUUCAUACCCCCCCCCCCCC